AUGGAAUCACCUCAUCAAUCUAUUAGUGAAGAUGACAAUGAUUAUAACCAAAUUUUUGAUAGACUAAGUGCUGAUGCAGAGCUAAUUAAUAAAAACAAAAGGAGAUAUCCAACAGAGUCAUGUCAAAAAGUUAAAUUAACAACACAUUCAUAUUCAGCACCAAUAGUAACAAAGAAAGUGAAAUGGCUUGAAAUCUCAGAACAUCAAAAAGUUGAUAUUGAAAAAGAGAUGGUUUGUCAUGUCUUAACCUUUAAAUAUCCUUUCAAUUCAGAAAUAACAAAAUUUGAUUGUCCACCAUCAGAGUUUAAAUCAGCAGAACAUUAUAUUAAUUGUUUUAAACCAAUUUUAUUUGAUGAAAUUCGUGCAACAAUUCAAAAAAGUCUUAUUGAAAAUGAAGAACCAUUUGUUGUUGAAGGUGUAAUAAAUAAAAUUGAAAUAACAAGAAAUGAUGUUUUACUUUCAUUAAAUGUACAACGAGAAGAAUGGGGUGAAUUUGAUUUAAUAGUAGUCUCAAAUGUUUUAUUUGAAACAGGGACAUUUCCAAAAAAUUUUCCUUUUAUACUUGGAGUUAUUGUAAAAAAAGGAGAAGAAGAUAAAGAGUCAUCCUUAACGUUAAGAUGUUUAAAAACAACAGAACAAAACAAUGUAAAUUUCUUUAAAAUUAUUGGAAAAGGGAAAAAAGUAUAUAUGAGAAAAAUUACAUCAAUAAUUAGCUCAGCAAGAGAAUAUCUUUCAUUAUGUACUGUACAACACCUUUCAUUAUUAAAAACAUUAUUAAAACCAUCAUUAAAAGAUACUUCACCUUCAAAUGGAAUUUUUGGAAAAUAUUUACAAACAAUGAAAGAAACUAAUAUUUUUAAUUCAUCUCAAAUUGAAUGUAUUAAUUCAGCAUUAUCAAAAAAAGGAUUUUCAUUAAUUCAAGGACCACCAGGAACAGGAAAAACAAAAACUUUAUUAGGAAUUUUAGGUGCUAUAAUUUUUGGUAAACCAGUGUCUUUCAAUAAACAAGGAACAAUAAAAAUGAAACACUCAAAAAUAUUAGUUUGCGCACCUUCAAAUGCAGCAGUUGAUGAAAUUGUAUUAAGAAUUCAAAAUGAAGGAAUAUUAAAUGGAAAUGGAAAAAAACAAAAAGUUAAUAUUAUUAGAAUAGGAAAUUAUGCAGGUAUUAAUUCAAAAGUUAAUGAAGUACUUAUUGAUACAUUAAUUAGUAAUGAAUUAAUUAAAAGAGGAUAUAAUGAACAAAAAAGAACAGAAAAUGUUAGUUCAAAAAUUGCAUCAAUUGAACAAAAAAUGAGAGCAUUAACAAAAGAAAUAGAAGACACAACCAUUGCUUUAAAUAAUGAAAAAGAAAAAGUAGUUUCAUCUACUAAAGAAAAUGAUAAAAAAAUUAAUAGAAUACACAAAUAUACACAAACAUUAAAAGAAAUGAAUAAUAAAAGAGAUGCAUUUAGAGUUACUCUACAACAAAUGAAAUCAGAAAAAGGAAAAAUUCAAAGGGAUUUUGCAAAAAUAAGAAAAGAAAUUACAAAACAAUUAUUUGAAGAAGCUGAUAUUCUUUGUUGUACUUUAAAUACUUCAGGAAGUGAUAUUUUUUUAAAUUGUAUUAAAGAAAAAAUUGAAAAUGUUAUUAUUGAUGAAGCAGCUCAAUCUGUUGAAAUAUCAACUUUAAUUCCUUUAAGAUUUGGUGCAGAAAGAUGUAUAUUAAUUGGUGAUCCUCAACAACUUCCAGCUACUGUAAUUUCUGUUGCAGCACAAAAUUCUGGUUAUGACAGAAGUUUAUUUGAACGAUUAUAUAAAUGUGGAGUAUUUGUUGAUAUGUUAAAAAUUCAAUACAGAAUGCAUCCUUUAAUUAGAGAAUUUCCAUCAAAUCAAUUUUAUUCAGGAGAAUUAAUUGAUGGAAGAGAUGAAAGUAUUUUACCAUGUUCUAUUGAUAAAGGAUUUGGUCCUGUUGUAUUUUAUGAUGCAUGUGGUGGAUUAGAAGAACGUGUUGGACAAACACUAGCAAAUGAAGUUGAAGUUCAAAUUGUAAUUGGAUUAUUAGAAGGAUUAAUAAAAAAAUAUCCAAAUUGUAAAGAAUGGGAUAUUGGUAUAGUUACUCCUUAUAGACAACAAUUACUAUUAAUUAAAAUGGCAAUAGAAACAUCAUUAUUAUUAAAAGACAUGUCAAAAUUAUGUGUUAAUACUAUUGAUGGAUUUCAAGGUAGAGAAAUGGAUAUUAUUAUAUUUUCUUGUGUAAGAAGUUCUCAAAUAAAACCAAGUAUUGGAUUUCUUAGUGAUAUAAGAAGAAUGAAUGUAGCAUUAACAAGAGCUAAAAAUGCUUUAUGGGUUAUUGGAAAUAGUAAUACCUUAUGUACAAAUAAAACUUGGAAACAAUAUAUUGAAUGGCUUAAAGAAAAAGAUUUAAUUAUUGAAAUUAAUGAAAAUAUCAUUAGAGACACAAGUAAAUAUGGAGAAUUCGGUAUAACAAAAAAUAUUUCUAAUAAUCCUCAUUUUGUUCAAGAAAAGAAAAAAGAUAAAAUAUUUACUUUUGAAGAAAUAGUUGAACUACAAGAACAACAAAGAAUUGAAAAAAGAAAUGAAAGACUAAAAGAAAAAAAUGAAGAAUUAAAACUUAUUAAUAAAGAACAACAAAUUCAAAUAGAAGUUAAAAAACAACUUGACUUAAUUCAAAAAAGAGAAAGAAAUAAAAUGAGUAAACGUUUAAAAUUGUUAAGAACAUAUGAAAAUACUCGAUUAGAAGAAGAAUUACAAAUUAGAAAAAAAAGUCAAAAUGAAGAUGAAAUUCAAAAAUUUGAAUUGACUGAAAGAGAAGAAAUUGAAAAAAGAUUAGCUACUGAAAAAAAUAGAAUUGAGUCUUCAAUUCAACAACUUCUUGAUUCACAAGAACCUCAAAUAAGAUCUUCUAUUGAAAAACAAUUUAAUGAAAAUCCUAUACAAUUCAUUAAUCUUCAAAAACCAAAUAAUUCUCAAGAUCAACUUAAUACUUCAGAAGAAUCUAACAAAAAUAAAUCUGAUGAAAAUAAUAAUAUUGAUUCAUUUGAUUUAUCACAGGUAGAAGAAGAUAAUGAUAAUACUUCAACGAAAGAUAAUAAUGAACAACAAGAAGAAAAAAAACCAUUUGACCUUGAAAAAGCUAGAAGCAACUUUGAGAACCAAGUUAUUGGAAUGUAUCAUGAUAUGUAUGAUAUUGAAAAUGAUAUUGAAAGUAGAGAAACUCAUAAAAUUAAAAUUCCAUCAAGAAAAAUAUCUAGUAAAAUUAAAACAUUAAAGAAAAAAGUAAUAGAAACGAAGAAUGAAUUUAAUAAAAUUAAAGACUUUAUUCCUUCAUUAGUUUCUAAUGAAGGUAGUAAUGAAAAAGAACAACGUAAACAUUCUUGUUCUGAAGAUUCUGAGUAUGAAGAAAAAAGGACAUUAAUUAAUUAA